CUACCAAUCACAAACGUUUCUUUACGGGCUCCUCCGGUUACUCCCGGUCCCUACCGGAGUAUCGGAGUCUCUUUCCGGCAGUUAGUGCUUGUCGAACUGCGCCUCGAUUCAAUCCUAUACACUGUUACACGGCCCAAGACAUGCUUAUUGCAUGUUGCCAGCAACCUCAAACUUAGAAUCUACUGAACUUUUCGAAAUACCUGAAGAUGACCGGAAACUAAUGAGGAAACUGGGAGCUUCCUUCUUUCUGUUUGGGUUAAUCAACAACGUUCUAUAUGUCAUAAUUCUCUCAGCCGCUCUAGAUCUCGUUCCCUCUUCGACACCGAAAGGUAUUAUCGCAUUUUGCAAUAUCGCACCAGCACUCGUUGCCAAAGUUGGCUGGCCGUAUGUUCUAAAAGGACGGAUCCGAUAUGUGAAACGGAUAUUCGGAUGUUGUAUUCUCAGUUCAUUGGGGAUGCUGGUAGUCGCACUCUUUGAUAGUCUCUUUGCGAGAUUGAUAGGCAUAGGAUUAGCUUCUUUUUCUUCAGGUUUAGGAGAACUUACCUUUCUUCAACUUUCCACAACAUAUGCACCUCCAAGUGUGGCAGGACACGGUUUAGGAUACUUCGCCUCUGGUACUGGCGCCGCUGGACUUGCUGGAGCAUUCCUGUGGUGGGAGGUUCGCGGGCUUGGUGUUCGCGUUGGGGUGGGACUCUCAUCUGUCUUACCUUUCAUCAUACCCGCAACGUAUUUCUUCCUCCUGCCAAGUAGUUCAACAUUUUUAUACACCUCAAUACCUCCUUCAGGAUAUGAAAGCCCAAAUGUACAGGGAUCUACCCUCCCUUACACUCCCCUUGCAGCGACUGAAGAAGAAUUAGGAGAAGAGGAGGGUAGCUUCCGUGCCGGACCGAGGAAGAACGUCUCGUUAACAUUCAAUGAUAAAGUUAGGCUAGUACGUCCGCUGUUAACGCGAUAUAUGCUACCAUUGUUCUUCGUUUAUCUUUUUGAAUAUACAAUCAAUCAGGGAGUAGCACCGACAUUACUCUAUCCUGUCCCUUCGCCUGACAGAUAUUGGCUUUUGAGCAAAAUCAUCCAUACAAUCCGUGAUUACUAUCCCCUGUGGCAGCUCAUAUAUCAAACAACUGUUUUUCUAUCCCGGUCCUCUAUAUCCAUAGGCAUUCCUCCGUUGCCACCAAAUCUUCUUCCACUGCCGUCUGUGCUGCAAGGCUUCAUCUUACUCCUGUUAGCGUUUGAGUCAUCGAUUGGAUUCUACGCAGACGAUGCCGAAGGCCUAAGCAUCAUAACAGUGUUCGCUUUAAUCAGCUUAGAAGGCAUCUGCGGAGGUCUAGCAUAUGUCAAUGCUUUUUAUCGCAUCAACCAGGAGCACCCGGACCCUAGCAGUGCUCACAAUAUGGAACGCGCCAAGCAAGAGAAGGAAUUCAAAAUCGGGUCUAUUGGGUUCGCUGAUUCAUCUGGAAUUCUUUUUGCAUCUCUGCUCGCCGUUCCAACGGAGCUCGCAUUGUGUAAAGCUCAAACCAGGAGAGGAAAGAUGCUCUGUAAAGAACUGUAAAUUAAACAGCCAACGGCGUUUAGUAUUUGCAUUCCACUCUACUUAGCUGUAUCCACUUCAGCCGUAUAUUAUAUAAGUAGCCUGCUGUGUUGGCAUUAAUCGAUUGCUCUGUUAACACGUGUACAA